CAGAUUCCUACAUUCACUGCAGCCCUUGAACGCAGCAUAAGAGCCGCCCCGCUCUACCGGAUUUCAGCCGGUAGUUAGUCGGUGUUUGCCAGUGACAGGCAUCCCUUUAAACCCUCAGGACCCCGUGGAUUGUCCACCUUUGUCAUCACAUGUGUUCAGUUUUUGGGGACACGGUGCGAUGAAGCGGAAAGAAAGCGGCAUUUAGGAGCAGCGGUCUGAAUGAGUGUGAAGGAGUGCCGUGCAACAGGCAACUGGGCUGCAAACUCACUGAACAAGGCUCAUCGGCUUUGGAGGAACUGUUGCGCGAAAUCCCGCUGCGAUGUCCCUGCUGUGUGUCAGAGUGAAAAAAGCCAAACUACACGGGCCUCCAGACAAGUUCAACGCCUACGUGACUCUGAAGGUGCAGAAUGUGAAGAGCACCACCAUCACGGUCCGAGGGGACCAGCCAUGUUGGGAACAAGACUUCAUGUUUGAGAUCAACCACCUGGAGUCGGGUCUGGUGGUGGAGCUGUGGAAUAAAGGUUUGAUCUGGGACACGAUGAUCGGCACGUCGCUGAUACCGCUGGAAACCAUCCGACAGUCUGAUGAGGAGGGGCCAGGGAAGUGGACGUCUCUUGACUCGGAGGUGUUGAUGAGGGAGGAUGAGAUCUGUGGGACCUCCAACCCGACUCCACACCAAGUGCUGCUGGACACACGAUUUGAGCUGCCGUUUGAUAUCCCAGACGACGAGGCUCAGUACUGGACCAGUAAACUGGAGCGGAUUAACACUAUGCGGAUACAUGACGAGUAUCCGCUACAAGAAGAGGUCCAAAGAAGAAGAAUGGCAUCAGUGCCCUCUCAGUGCUGCAGUUGGAGUUAUUUUGGAUGGAAUGACCAGCAGACUUUUGAUGACCAUGACAGUGCAGUGGAUGACCGUGACAGUGAUUAUCGCAGCGAAACUGGCAACAGACCUCCACGGUUCUACAACACCUCGCAGACAAACUCCUCAGUGCACCAGUACCCUAUAGGACGCAGGGUCCAGCAUCAGACCCUGUCCAGAGAGUCCGACUCUAUACAAAGCUACGAGCUUGACUAUAGAGAAAUGAGGGGGCCCAGUCCACCGGACAGCAGCCGCUUUGAUUCAUCAGGGAACCUCAGCCCUGCCAGCUCCCAGCUCAGCUCUGAGCCCGAGGAGCGCCGAGAUCCAGAGAGUCGCCACCCGAGCGCCCUGCGCUCCCUUCGCAAUAGCCAGAAGUCGACCUGGGAUGAGGAAGAGGAGGAGGAGGAAGAGGAGGUUGAGAAAGAACUACACCCGCUGCCAGAGCCUGGUUCCAACAAAGAACUGAAGGACUCUUUGGUCAUCCUGCCCAAACCGGUCUACGACAACCUUGAUAACAAGACUCAGUCUAAAAUCUGUUUCUUUGAGGAUGGCCCUCCACCGUGCUCACCAUCCAAAGUUCGCUGGCUGAAAGCGUACAACAAAGUGAGAGUGCAGCUGCUCGAGAGCCGAGAUCAAGAGGGCGACCCCAGCAAGCACCCAUGGGCCAAACCAGGGGGAAACACACCGUUUGGCAUCGACAGCAUGCCAGACCUCCGUAAGAGGAGGCCCAUUCCCCUCGUUAGUGAACUGGCUAUGACUAUGAUACAGUCCAGGAAAGCUGGACUCGCCCAAACACUGGCCACACGGACCUCCCUGAAAGACGAAGAGCUUAAAAACCACGUUUACAAGAAGACCCUGCAGGCUCUGAUCUACCCCAUCUCCUGCACAACGCCACACAAUUUCGAGGUGUGGACAGCGACCACGCCCACCUACUGCUACGAGUGCGAGGGUCUGCUGUGGGGCAUCGCCCGGCAGGGUAUGCGCUGUGCAGAGUGCGGCGUCAAAGUGCACGAGAAAUGCCAAGAACUGCUGAACGCAGACUGCCUGCAGAGGGCGGCCGAGAAGAGCUCCAAGACCGGGGCGGAGGACCGCACGCAGCACAUCAUCAUGGCCAUGAAGGACAGGAUGAAGAUCCGCGAGAGGAACAAGCCGGAGAUCUUUGAGGAGAUCCGGAGGGUGUUCAACAUCACCAAGAUGAUCCACGUGCAGCACAUGAAGAGCAUCAAGCAGAGCGUCCUGGACGGCACCUCCAAGUGGUCGGCCAAGAUCACCAUCAACAUUGUGAGUGCACAGGGUCUGCAGGCCAAGGACAGAACGGGCUCCAGUGACCCGUACGUCACCAUCCAAGUCGGGAAGACCAAGAAGAGAACGAAGACCAUCUAUGGCAACCUGAACCCAGUCUGGGAGGAAAAGUUCAGCUUCGAGUGCCACAACUCGUCGGACCGCAUCAAGCUGCGAGUCUGGGACGAAGACGACGACAUCAAGUCGAGAGUGAAGCAGCGACUGAAGAGGGAGUCGGACGACUUCCUGGGUCAGAGCAUCAUCGAGGUCCGGACUCUGAGCGGAGAGAUGGACGUCUGGUACAACCUGGAAAAGAGAACAGACAAGUCAGCGGUGUCUGGUGCGAUCCGUCUGAUGAUCAGUGUGGAGAUCGAGGGAGAGGAGAAGGUGGCACCUUACCACGUUCAGUACACGUGCCUUCAUGAGAACAUGUUCCACUUCUCCACGGACAUCGAGGGCGGCGGCGUGGUGAAGAUCCCCGCCGCUCACGGAGACGACGCCUGGAAGGUUUACUACGACGAGGUGCAGCAAGACAUCGUGGACGAGUUCGCCAUGCGCUACGGCAUCGAGUCCAUCUACCAGGCCAUGACCCAUUUCUCCUGCCUCUCCUCUAAGUACAUGCUGUCGGGGGUGCCGGCGGUGAUGAGCACCCUGCUGGCCAACAUCAAUGCCUUCUACGCCCACCCCACCGCCUCCACCAACGUCUCUGCUCCUGCCAGAUUUGCAGCCUCCAACUUCGGGCGGGAUCGUUUUGUGAAGCUCCUCGAUCAGCUGCACAACUCCCUGCGUAUCGACCUCUCCAUGUACAGAAACAAUUUCCCAGCCAGCAGCAAGCCUCGCCUCAGCGACCUCAAGUCAACAGUGGAUCUUCUCACCAGCAUCACCUUCUUCAGGAUGAAGGUCUUGGAGCUGCAGAGUCCUCCCAGGGCCGCCAACGUGGUGCGGGACUGCGUCAAGGCCUGUCUCAACUCCACCUACGAGUACAUCUUCAACAACUGUCUCGAGCUCUUCAACCGCCAGUUCCAGCCCGCCGAGGAGAAGAAAGAGGAGACCCAGCAGGAGGAGCAGGGCCCGAGCAUCCAGAAUCUGGACUUUUGGCCGAAACUCAUCACGCUCAUCGUCUCCAUUAUUGAGGAGGACAAGAACUCGUACACACCCAUUAUUAACCAGUUUCCUCAGGAACUCGACGUGGGUAAAGUCAGCGCCGAGGUCAUUUGGAGGCUGUUUGCUCAGGACAUGAAAUAUGCCCUGGAGGAGCACGAGAAGCAUAAACUGUGUAAGACCGCCGACUACAUGAACCUGCACUUCAAGGUCAAGUGGCUUUACAACGAGUACGUUAAGGAUCUACCGGCCUUCACAGACACAGUACCUGAAUACCCAGCGUGGUUCCUCCAGUUCGUCCUGGCCUGGCUGGCUGAGAACGAGGAGGUGUCCAUGGAGUUCAUGCACGGAGCGCUGGAGAGAGACAAGAGAGAAGGGUUCCAGCAGACGUCUGAGCACGCUCUGUUCUCCAGCUCCGUGGUGGACAUCUUCACGCAGCUCAACCAGAGCUUCGAGAUCAUCAAGAAGCUGGACUGUCCCGACCCCGCCGUGGUCGGAAACUACAACCGACGCUUCGCCAAGACGAUCACCAAAGUGCUGCUGCAGUACUGUGCCCUGCUGGCCAAGAGCUUCCCCUCCUACUGUGAGAAGGAGAAGAUACCCUGUGUGCUGAUGAACAACAUCCAGCAGAUGAGGGUCCUGCUGGAGAAGAUGUUCGAGUCGAUGGGAGCAAAACAGCUGGAUACAGAGGCAGCUGACAUCCUCAACGACCUGCAGGUGAAGCUCAACACCUACCUGGACAACUUCAGCAUGGUGUUUGCAAAGAGUUUCCAGGCGCGUAUCAACGGCUGCAUGCGUCAGAUGGCUGAGAUCCUCUACCAGAUCAAAGGCCCGCCCAACCACAACACUGCAGAGGCAGAUGCUGACAACAUGCUGCGGCCCCUCAUGGAGUUCCUGGAUGGGAAUCUCAGUAUCUUUGCUGACAUCUGUGAGAAGACGGUGCUGAAGAGGAUCCUGAAGGAUCUGUGGAAGAUCGUGCUGAGCAGCCUGGAGAAGACCAUCGUCCUGCCUCAGAGCAACGACAGCCUGGGCGCUCAGCUCCUCACAGCAGCUAAAGGACUGUCCAACCUCAAGGGAGGAGGAGAAGCCAAAACUUUGACGCCCAAACAGUGUGUGAUCAUCGACGCGGGGCUGGAGACCAUCAAGCAAUACUUCCACGCAGGAGGAAACGGCCUGAAGAAAGCGUUUGUGGAGAAAAGUCCUGAGCUGGCUUCGCUGCGUUACGCUCUCUCCCUCUACUCCCAGAGCACCGACGCUCUCAUCAAGACCUUCGUCACCACACAGCACUCACAAGUGCAUGAUGGGAUGGGCAUCAGAAUCACCGGCAAUGAGAAGAUUCGACCUGACAGAGGCGCGGGGAUAGAGAAGCCCAUCGGAGAGGCCAUGCUGCAGGUCGACAUGAUGCUCGGGAAGGAGCGCAAAGUCGGCGUCAGAGUUAUCGCAGUGAACGACAUGAAGUGGCAGACCUCCGGGAUGUUCCGGCCUUUCGUUGACGUCUCCAUGAUCGGUCCCUUCCUGGCCGACAAGAAGCGCAAGUUCACCACGAAAUCCAAGAACAACAGCUGGUCCGCCAAGUUCAACGAGGCUUUCCAGUUCGUCCUGGGUAAAGAGUCCCCAGACUGCUACGAGCUCCAGGUGACGGUGAAGGACUACUGCUUCGGCCGGGCGGACCGGGUGGUGGGCAUGGCCGUGGUUCAGCUGCGCGACGUGGCCGACAGAAAGAGCUGCGUGUGCUGGUGUCCGCUCGGGCCGCGCAUCCAGACGGACGAGACGGGCCUGACGGUGAUGCGUAUCCUGUCCCAGCGGCCCGCCGACGAGGUGGCCAAGGAGUUCGUCAAGCUGAAAUCUGAAACUCGUCCGGUGGAGGAGGGCAGAUGAGCAGAGACUCGAGAUCAGAGACUUGAGGUGAAACUGACAUUGAUCACGGUCAGGGGUUCGAGUCUGCGGGGCUACGUGUCUGUUGUUUAUGAGCUCUUAUCAUCAUCUUCGUCAGUAAACACAGACCGUUACAGCCUCUGACGUAGAGGAGACCCUUCAAAAGACACAGUAGACAGAAGCAAGAUGACUCUGUGUCAGAGUUACGAAAAUAAAGAAAUUAAAGGGGCAAAUUUUGGAAAUCAAAAUGUUGCAAAAAAGGAACACAAAUAUCCUAACUAUGAGGCGGUGUAAGGAUUUUAUCACCAACUCUUGAGAUCUUCUACUUCUAAUUCUGAUGACGGAGUAUUUCAAUCGUCUGUAGCAAAACUAAGUCUGUCGUCUGUUGGCCAUCAGAGCGGCUAAUCCACAGCUUUUAACCAGACACAUUCACUGGAAUGAGUGGACUUAUGUCUAUCUGACAGUAUGAACACGUUUUAAAACCGAAUGGACCUGAGCAGUAGACUCUGCCUGCUUUACGUGACUGUUUAAUGAUGAUAAAUAACUAUGACGUGAGGUGAGGGCGAGUUGGAGGAAGUAAUCCCAGAUUCUUGAGCUGUUUGAGGCCUUUUGACUGCGAUCUUGUGACAUUGGUACCACGGUUGACUCUGGUAUCCCCAAACUGUUUCCCAAAAAGUCAUUAAUCAGUGUCACAAAAAUACAUUAAAACUAGAAGGGCAAUGUGAGAGCGCAGACCUCCACCAAGGCCAUGCUCGAUGUCAAAAUGUUGACAAAAGGGAAAAAUAAUUUGUGUAUCCGUGAUUCUAAUCCACUCCUAAAUGUAACGGGUUCUUCUUUGGCCCGUGCUUCACCCUUUCACCAAGUUUCAUGAAAAUCAAUCCGGUAGUUUUUCCACAAUCCUGCAAACAAACUGAAAUGAAAAUAUAACCUCCUUGGCGGAGAUAAUGAACAAAUACAACGUUUUUAAGAAAGAUUUUAUUUAACUGGAAACCUAUGAAGACUGUUUGGAACUUGAGCAAAAGAACAAAUAUGAAUCAGCUUAUUGGUUGCUUUUUUUUCAGCAAACAAGGCAAAAAAGAAUUAAGUGCAACACACAUCAGCUGCAUCACGUGUCACAUCUUACAGAUCAAUCCAGAAAGUGAAUGUUUUCAAAUUGCAGCGUUUCUGAAGAGAUUGUGCAUGUGAACGCUCAUUAGAAAAAUGUUUACUGAGGUUAAAAAAAAAAAAAAAAAUCAAGUGAGAAGUAGGGUAAUUUCCUCACAGACUUCUAUACAAUUGGACUUCUUUUUGCAGCCGGUCGAGUCGCCCCCUGCUGGCCAUGAGAAAGAAUGCAGGUUUAAGGCACUCCGGCAUUGGACAA